AUGCCCACACCCUCCUCAUCGGCAGCCGAAGCGGCAGGUUCGCGAUUUCGGCAACGAAAGAUUUCGGUUAAACAACGACUGCAGAUUUUCAAAGCGUCAGAUCUCAAAGAUCUCGAUAAAGAUGAGCUCCAACAGCGGGAAAUAGUCGAGAUCGAAACCGGUGUCGAGAAGCAUGAAGAAAAGGAAGAGCAUUUGCACAAAAUUUUGCAGAAAAAUCAACUUUCUGCGAACGAUCUUUUCAUUCCGACACCCGAUGCGUCACGUACGUGGAGUGAAUUUAAUGAAUUUUACAAGGGCCAGUUUGUCGAGCCCACGGCAUAUAUACAGUUUUCUGCGACGGUCGAGGACUGCUGUGGGGCGAGUUAUAAUAUGGACGAAAAAGACGAGGAGUUUUUACGCGCUGAGGUCAACAAGCAAUUGCCAGAUGCGAGUAAGGUUAACGAGGAUGAGUUUGAGGUAAUUUGUAGCAGCUUUGAGGCCGCGAUUCAGGAGAGACAGCCAUUUUUACGCAUAGACCCUGAGAACAUCUUAUCUUUCGAUGAGGUAAAGCCAACUAUAUUGAAACGUGGUCAAGGCGAUAUUGAUUUGAAAAGCAGUCUGGCCGCCGAGAUUGGUCUCAAGGCCGGCAGCCGAUUUGUCACACAAUUUGACUCCCGAAAUCUCGGCGAAACGAGGCCACUAAGUGUUCUUGUGGAAAAGUUUGGAAGUCGCAUUUAUGAGUACUGGAAAAAUAGAAAAGUGGGCGCUAAGGGUGGUGAUAUUGUCCCACAGCUGAAAUUCGAGAGAGCCGGAGAUAAAGAUGAUAGCGAUCCGUAUAUCUGUUUCAGACACAGAGAGGUGAGACAGCCCAGGAAAACGCGGCGUGUCGAUUAUCAAAACAGUCAUAAAAUCCGUCUUUUACAUCAACAGCUGCGCUAUACCAAAGAACUUGCAAUGCUCGUUGCAAAGCGUGAAAAUCUCGCCAUGGGCAUGAUCAAUGAAGAAAAAACUAUUUUUGAACUGCGCAGUCAAAUAAAGCCAUUCAAGCUUUCAUUGAACAUCAAAGGAGAAGACGAAGAUCUUUUCGCUCCAAGAAAGCUUCGUCAAAUCAGCAGCGUUAUCACGGAAACCGCCGCCGAAUCCAAUUCUAAAAAGCUAAAAUCUAAGCACAAACGUAAUGGUUCGGCUAUGUCGCCUGCAAAACUCACGUCAGGUAGGAGUUCGACAAAGCUUUCAAAGCAGCAACAGCAGCAGAUUCAGCAGCAGCAAAAACAACAGCAGCAGCAGCAGCAGCAGCAGGAACGACAGCAGCAGCAGCAGCAGCAGCAGCAGUUACAAGCCCAAAAACAGAAUGGUGGCCUGGCGGCUGCGCAUGUCUAUGUUAAAUUACCGACAUCGAAAAUUCCAGAUGUAGUAUUGGAAGACGUGGAUAACAUACUGCUAAACAAGGAAAAAAGCGCUCGCAAGUACGUUGCUGAUAAGAUGCGCAAAAGAAAGUUAGAAGAUGGUGACACAUUUUUCAACUUAACUGACGAUCCUUACAAUCCGGUGUUUGACAUUUCGGUUCCUGCAGAUAUUGAUCCUUCUAAUGCCCCAUUUUCAUCGAUAGUUUCAUCAAAGUUUGAGCUUCAGAAUUCAUACUACAUGCCCGAUCUGCAAAAAUACAUCACCGGAAAUAAUCACGACAUAACCGUUUGGAACAGAGAUGGUGAAUUACAAGACAACUUAAAGCUCAAAAAAAUUGAGCUGUAUAACCCUUUCAAGAAAAACGCUGAAAUUUACAGUCAUGAAUUACCUUUGAGGUUACGGCGCCGCAAAGGGCGGUUCAAUACAGAGUAUGUUGAUCGACGUAUUUCACAACCAGGAAUCAAUCCUUUAGCCGAAUUUACCGAUUUUGCUGAAAUUGAGAAACAAGAAGACAGUAAUGAAGUUAUUGAUGUUUACGACUCUAAAUUAGAUGAAUUUUCACGACUACACGACCGAUGGAAAUAUGGUUCCGAGCAAAACUUAUAUGGGGCAAAGUUUUCGGAUGAGCCCGCCAAGCUUAAUCAGAUUUCGAAUGCCACUCAAAUUAUCAGAUUUGGCACCAUGCUGGGCACCAAAUCUUACGAGCAGUUGCGAGACGCUACCAUAAAACACCGACAAGAAUUUUACAACCAGCGCCGAAAUCAAAGACUGGUGAGUACUCAAAAAUCAAACCAUGCGAUUCCUUCACCCUCUAAAAGCAUGACUCCAACACCCCCGAGGUCCUCAACAUCGUCGUCUCUCAAAAAAAUUGCAAAUCAGAAACAACAGCAGACAACGUCUGCUUCUUGA